CUGUGCUUUUCCGCUUUCUUAUUAUUACUUAGCAAAUGUGUAUGCGAAAUAGACGUAUCAGACUCCGGGAAAAAAAAUGCUCUUCCUUUAACUGAGAAGAUAUUCUACAAGGAUUUUCUCAACUCAUAUAAUUACUACAAUAAAUACCAAAUAUCCCCGAAGAAAAUUACACAGGCUUCUUUGGCCUAUGUGACACCGUGGAAUUCUAAAGGUUAUGAUAUUGCCAAAUUAUUCGCCGUCAAGUUUUCGCACAUCUCACCUGUUUGGCUGCGGCUGCCUCCUUCGGAGGGAUGUACAGUUGAAGGGUUGCAUGACAUCGACUCUUCAUGGAUGUCGGCGGUGAGGGGUGCAAAUCAGGACGUAAAAAUUCUUCCGCGGUUGAUUUUUGACGGAUGGACCGAGACGAAUUAUCAGAAAUUGUUUAGGACCUCUGGGGCCCAAUCUACAUGCAUAUCAGCAAUUCUUCCCGUUUUGAAGAAAUACAAAUUCGACGGCAUUGUUCUCGAAAUUUGGAUGCAGCAUUCUGGGACAUCUCAUGAAGAGUUGAUGCUUUUUAUACGGCGCCUAUCAAGAAGUCUGCAUGACGACCAAAUGAGUAUCGUUCUCGCAAUUCCACCACCCGUUUAUCAGGGAGGAUACACCGGUUCAUUUGUGAGAGAACACUUCAACUUUCUCUCUUCGGACGUGGACUUCUUCAGUCUCAUGACAUAUGACUAUUCUAAUCCCUAUAUGCCUGGACCAAACAGUCCCAUUAAAUGGGUUCGCGAAUGCGUUGAGCUCUUGGCUCCCUCGGGAUCCAAGAGCGAUCUUCGUUCCAAAAUACUUGUGGGCUUGAAUUUCUAUGGUUACGAUUUGGUUCCGAAUCAGCGAUCUGGUCGUCCCGUUCUUGGCCACGAAGAUUCCAGUGGACACGAACACGUCGUAUACUUUCCCUCUGCCUUCUCAAUUGCCCGCAGGAUAUCCCUGGUUCAAGAACUUGGUACCGGAAUCUCUAUAUGGGAAAUAGGACAGGGCUUAGAUAGCUUUUAUGAACAGUUGUAA